UAUUAUAUCAAUACACACUUGUAACUUAUAAAACUUGUACGUAGGGAGGGAUGGCCAACGACCUCUGCUAGCAUUAAUUAUAUAUUUUGUCCGAGUUUCUCGUUUAUAUACAAAUAUAUGUACGUAUAUGUUCAUGAAUGAUAAGAGAGAAUUGAGAGAGUGAAGGAGAAUUAAUAGACUGAAACGAAAGAAGAAGAAAAACCAACAGCUUUUUCAGCCUCCCAUUUAUUUCCCCCUCUUUUUUCUCCUCCUCUCUCGUAUUAUAAGUCUCAUUUCCCUUUUCCUUUCCUUUUAUUCAUUGCCUCCCUCUCCUUCUUCUUGUUCUUGUACGAUCUUCUUCUUCAUCAUGCACAUUGUUGCCAAACCCUCGUCGAUCCAGAUGUCACAGUCCAAACCCUAGCCAGCUACAUAUUGAUUUCCCUUGAUAAUUCUGAUCUGGGUUUUCCUUCGUGUUUCGGUUUCGAUCCGGGUUUCAUGUUCUUGCUUCUCCGUACAUUUUUUCUUGAUCAGUUUAAUUACUUGGGUUAGGGUUAAUUAUUGUAUUAGUGGGAAGUGAAGUGGUUUAGAUUACAUUUUUUCUUGAUCAGUUUAAUUACUUGGGUUAGGGUUAAUUAUUGUAUUAGUGGGAAGUGAAGUGGUUUAGAUAUUUUCAAGCGAGGGCUUGUUAAUCAGUGAUUAGAUGGAGGCAUCAACGGCUCUAAUGAUCCUAUCAGCCAUAGUGGCGUAUUUAGUUUGGUUCAAGAUGAUCUCACGGUCAAUGUACGGUCCACGUGUCUGGCCGCUGUUGGGUAGCCUCCCAGGUCUCAUACAGAACGUGAACCGGAUGCACGACUGGAUCACCGACAAUCUCCGCGCGUGCGGCGGCACGUACCAGACCUGCACCUGCGCCAUUCCCUUCCUGGCGCGCAAGCAAGGGCUCGUGACUGUCACCUGCGACCCCAAGAACUUGGAGCACAUUUUGAAGACUCGGUUUGAUAAUUACCCCAAGGGUCCAACCUGGCAAGCUGCGUUCCAUGAUCUGCUUGGCGAUGGGAUCUUCAACAGUGAUGGUGACACGUGGCUGUUCCAGCGUAAGACGGCGGCACUGGAAUUCACCACCCGAACGCUCCGCCAAGCCAUGGCUCGGUGGGUGAGCCGAGCCAUCGAGCUUAGGUUUUGCCCAAUUCUUGAGGCGGCUCAAAACGAAGCCAAGCCGGUGGAUCUUCAAGACCUCUUGCUUCGGCUCACUUUCGAUAACAUAUGCGGGUUGACAUUCGGGAAGGAUCCACAAACGCUAGCUCUGGGCCUUCCCGAAAACGACUUCGCGAAUGCUUUCGAUCGGGCCACUGAAGCCACGUUGCAACGCCUUAUCUUGCCCGAAAUCAUGUGGAAAAUCAAAAAAUGGCUCGGGCUCGGAAUGGAAGUCAGCUUGAACCAUAGCCUCCAUCACAUUGAUAAAUACCUAUCCGGUAUCAUCAACGCGCGUAAGCUCGAGUUGGCAAGCCAACAACAAGGUCGUAGCAAUGGGACCCCACAUGAUGACUUGUUGUCUCGGUUCAUGAAGAAAAAGUCCUACUCGGACAAAUUCCUUCAAGAGGUAGCACUCAACUUCAUCCUAGCUGGACGUGACACGUCAUCGGUUGCGCUGAGUUGGUUCUUUUGGUUGGUGAUUCAAAGCCCACAAGUGGAGGAGAGAAUCCUCUCUGAAAUUUGCACCGUUCUGAUGGAGACACGUGGUAGUGAUACUUGCAAAUGGGUGAAAGAGCCCCUAUUAUUUGAAGAAGUUGAUCGAUUGACAUACCUGAAGGCAGCAUUGUCCGAGACCCUAAGGCUUUACCCUUCCGUGCCACAAGACUCCAAGCACACAAUCAAAGACGACGUUUUGCCGAGUGGGACGUUUGUUCCGGCAGGCUCUUCAGUCACAUAUUCCAUUUACGGGAUCGGUCGCAUGAAGUUCAUUUGGGGUGAAGAUUGCCAAGAAUUUAAGCCGGAGAGGUGGUUGUCUUCGGAUGGCAAAAAAAUGGAGGUACAAGAUUCUUACAAGUUUGUUUCUUUCAAUGCCGGUCCAAGAAUUUGUUUGGGCAAGGAUUUAGCUUACUUGCAAAUGAAGUCGAUUGCGGCGGCCGUGUUGCUAAGGCACCGGCUUGCGGUGGUGCCGGGCCACCGGGUGGAGCAGAAGAUGUCCUUGACGUUGUUCAUGAAGUAUGGCCUCAGGGUUAACGUACACCCUAGGGAUUUGACGCCUAUUUUGGCUAAAAUAGGCAAGGGGGACCCAUGGGGAAAAGAUGUUGAGAUUGUGGUUUGAGAGGGCUGGCAUAUAAAUUUGGUGGACCUUAAUUUAAUUAAGGUCACUGUCACAUAUAGCUCUUAUAGUUUAUAAUAUUAAUUAUAUCUUAUGGUAUUAGUGCAUAUAGGAGAAAAAAAAAAGUGAAGAAAUUAAGGCAGUUAAUUGUGGACCUUAUAUUUUGAGUGAGUCUAUAUUAUUGGCGAGUGACUUGAAACAAAAUAAUGUUUGUAGUGGUAUUGUUAGCAAAUAAAUCACAAUUUACUUCUUUGGUCAA